UAAUGUAAUGGGAGACUUCAAGGAAGGAAUUUGGGCUGCAAAAUAAGGUAGUUGGAAAAGCAUGGGCCUUGGAAUCAAGCAGCCCCAAAUCCUAACUGCAAUUAUACAUAGUAUAUCUUUAGUCAAGAUACUUAAUUAUUUGGAGUCUCAAUUUUUUCAUCUGAAAAUUGUAAUAUUCAUAUAAUUAUUUGCAGCAAUUUUAUAAAUGGUAUUAUUUGGUGUAAUUUUAAAUAUAUUUUAUAAUAUAUCAUAGUGUAAAUCUCUCCCCUUUAUAUGUAGAUCCUAAAUGUGGUGCCUUUUCACGGUGAUAUAUUUCAUCCUAAUUCUUGGAAGUAUUCAUGGUGUCUUUAUAAAUCAAAACCCUGAAGCAAAUAUUAAUAUUAGUCAAAUAAUUUCCUACUGGGGAUACCCUGAUGAAGAAUAUAAUAUUGUAACUGAAGAUGGUUAUAUCCUUCGCCUUUAUAGAAUUCCUUAUGGGAAGACAAACACUAAUAAUUCAGCAAAGAGGCUUGUUGUAUACUUGCAAUAUGAUUUGCUUACAUCUGCCAGCAACUGGGUUUCCAAUCUUCCCAACAAUAGCCUAGGCUUCAUUCUGGCAGAUGCUGGUCAUGAUGUGUGGAUGGAGAACAGCAGAGGAAACACCUGGUCCAGGAAACAUGUGUCCCUAGAAACAAAUUCCCAAGAGUUCUGGGCUUUCAGUUUUGAUGAGUUGGCUAAAUAUGACCUUCCAGCUUCCACUGAUUUCAUUGUGAAGCAAACUGGGCAAAAAGAAAUAUUUUAUGUAGGCCAUUCACAGGGCACUACUGUUGCUUUCAUAGCAUUUUCUACAAUACCAAAGAUAGUGGAAAAAAUCAAAUCAAAUAUUUUUGCCUUAGCACCAAUUUUUUUUGUUGAACACACAAAAUGCCCUUUAAUUAAAACAGCAUACAAGUUUAAGUCAAUAAUAAAGGCUUUUUCUGGCAAUAAAGACAUUCUACCUAAAACGUCAUUUAACAAUUUUGUUGGUUCAAAGUUCUGUUCACUACAUAGUUUUGACAAAAUGUGCCUCCACACUUUGUUUAUGAUAUUUGGAUAUGACCUAGAGAACUUAAAUAUGGUGAGAACAAGUAAACACUUUUCCCUGUCUCCGGUUUCCACAUCUUAUUUGUUUGUUUUCUUUCAGCUUUUAUAUUCUACUCACAUGAAAGCUUUUGACUGGGGGAAUCCGCAUCUUAACUUGGUUCAUUUUAAUCAGACAACUUCUCCAUUGUACAGUAUAGCAAAUAUGAAUGUGCCAACUGCAACUUGAAAUGGUGAAAAUGAUUUGUUGGCUGACCCUGAAGAUUUUAAAAUCUUACAAUCUGAAAUCACCAACCUCAUUUACCAUAGGACUAUUUCUUACUACAAUCAUAUAGACUUUUUGUAUGAAUUGGACGUCUACCAUCAAGUUUUCCAUGAAAUCACUGAUAUCACUCAAGACAAUCUAUAAAGAACUAUACUUUUUGUUUAUAGACCUGUCCUAUUCUUAUUAAAAAUCCAAUUAUUUUUAUUACUAUGUAAGUUUU